CUGGAUGGCCGUGUGCUUGCUGUUCGUGUUCGCUGCGCUGCUCGAGUAUGCAGCAGUCAACUUCGUCUCACGGCAACACAAGGAGUUUAUCAGGCUGAGGAAGAAGCGGCGGCGGCAAAGAAUAGAAGAGGAACUGGUGAGAGACAGCCGUGGGUUUUACUUCCGCGGCUACGGACUGGGUCACUGCCUGCAGACCAAGGACGGAACGGCGGUGGGAGGGGCCACAAUCUUCAACCCGCCGGUGUCCACCAUGUAUGAUGGAGAGGCAGUCCGCAAGCGCUUCGUGGACCGGGCCAAGCGCAUCGACACGAUAUCCCGCGCAGUCUUCCCUCUGAGCUUCCUCUUCUUCAACAUUUUCUACUGGAUUACCUACAAAGUGCUGCGACAUGAGGACAUCCACGCAAAUUUGUAAUUCCCAGCGACCCCUAAUUGUUACAUGCUAAUUUUUUUUCAACCAAAACUGCCUAUCAGAUAUACAUUAAAAGUGUUUCAGGGGCAUAUGCUUCGCAACAGUUGCCAUUGAUGCUAAAAAACUCUGUGCUCAGGUGCGUCUUCAGGAUUUCAGAGAGAGAGAGAGAGAAAGUGUGUAUGAAAAGAAAGUGAAGAUGUGAAUUUAAACUGGUGUUAGAGUGCUAUUUGUUAUUGCAUUCUCUUUUAUCUUAGUCAUCUUGUUUUGACUGGAUUACAGCAGAAACAUAAUAAUGCUAGUCUUUGAACUUCUGCCUGAACUCUGAACUAUGGCUAAAGGCAGAUACCACAAGGGAAUAUUAGUCAUGGCUGGAUGGAUACUAAUGACUUGAAUUUUACCAAUCAACGCAUCUUUAAAUGAAUGUAAAAAAAAAUAAGGAAAAAAGGCUUUUUUUACAACUUUACAAUGCCAAACAAAUGGAUGUGAGGGAGGGAUUGGGGUCUUUGAUAUUUCUGGAUUUAAAUGAGGUGAUGAUGAUAUGUUGUUUUAACUACAUAUGACAAUAGAUUAUAUACAGUGCAUUCAGAAAGCAUUCAGACCCCUUGAGUUUUUCCUCAUUUUAUUAUG